CGAAGCUCCGCCCCUUCCCCCGUUACCACGGAUUCAACCGUCUCGAGCUCCUGCUCCGGUCAGUUACUACAAAAUGGCUGCAGAGGCUCCUCCGCCUGCGAGAACCGACUAAACGCUUCAUGUUGUGAAAAGAAAUAAAAAAAAACACGAGAAGAAAACCGUUUCAUGGAAGAAAAGAAAAGGAAAAAACAAGAAGAGAAGAAAAAGAAGGAAGCUGCACAGAAAAAGGUCACAGAACAGAUAGCCAAAGUGCCGGACUCUGUCGAGCUCGACCCUGCCCCUACACUUUUCCCCACCGACCCCGGUGCUGUUCCACCUGCACCCCAGAGCAGUGGAAAUGGCAAGCACGCUCCCACUGGAUGCCAGCUGCAGACUUUACUCCAGCAGCGCUACCCACCCAGAGAGGUACCUCCACGCUUCCGCCAGCAGGAGCCGAAGCAGCUGUUAAAGCGAGGCCAGCCCCUGCCCUCCGGGACCCCUCCUCCCCUCACCACGGGACAUCCUGACACUAGUGAAUCUGCAGCAGCAACAGUAGCCAUAAACUCCUCCACAUCGGGCUCCUGUUUCUCCACAACCAGCCUGCUCACAGAACUGCCCCCACAGAGUGGCCAAGGAGCCCAGUAUGAUAAUCCCCCCUGGGGACACCUGCCAGCCAACAGAAGUGCCACAAGUGCUGCAUCUUCCAACAAUCUCAGUGGCUGGGAUCAACUGAUCAUUGACCAGAAGGACACAGAGGCUUGGCCUUCUAUUACCCUCAGCCAAAGCCAGGCCGCUUCAAGAGGAUGCCCUUUGGACACUGAUCCUGGUCACUCGACCAGCAGCAGCAGUAGUACAAGCAGUAGUUGUAGUGCAGUGAGUAUGGCCACAGGUGCCAAUAGUCAGACAGGCCACUUCCCAGCAAACCACCUUAGCAGCAAAGCCAACAGUGGGCCCAGCCCUGCCAAUCAUACUGGAACCAGCAUGCUUUCUAGCCAGGUUGCAACCAAUCGAGGUUGGGGCUCUGGGCCUGGACCUUCUCAUUGCCCCCCUCAGUCCUCAGUGGGCAAUGAAGGGAAAUGCGACAGCCCAGUUGGAGGAGGUGGUAACAGAGGAUGGGGUUCCUCUUCAUCAUCCUCCACCAACAAUUUUAACUUGAAUUUAAACCCCAAUGCCAACCCAUCUGCCUGGCCUAUGUUGGGACAUGAUGGGGGAGGCACUGGGGGAGGCAGCUCAGGGGGAGCCAACACAAUGUCAUCUCCUCAACCUGUACCCAACCUCUGUAAUCCUCCUGGCCCCCCACCAACCCAGACUGGUACCUGUUCUGGAGCCAACACUAACACCAAGUCCUCUAGUAUUGGCAGUGCAUGGGGUACAAUAAUGGCUCCUGAUGCAUCAGAGUCACAUCCCACCCCAUCCACGAAUGUGUCUUUCAGUUCAGAACCUCAGAACCUUAAAACUGAUGGACCAAAUCAGACUCAAAAGCAGGAACCUCCCAGCCCAAUUCGAAACUUGCCUGGCUGGGGCAGUGCACCUGCAGGCUUGGGUCCAAUGGGACAGCAACAACCAGGAGGUGUGCAGGUCAAUGGAGAAGAUGAUAACUCCUUAUGGGGUAACAGUGGCAACUCUAAGCCUAUUCCAUCCAAGGAGGGACCUGGAUGGAAUACAGCCUGGGGCCGUGGAGGGAACGGAUCUGGGAACUCUGGAGGUUGGGGUGAACAAUCUGGUGGAGAGUGGGGGAAGCAGCACAGUGAAGAGGCCCAGGGAGGCUGGGAUGCCCCCAGUUCUCCUCCGCAGGAUUCACAACCUAAUCAUUGGAGCAGAGCUGUGAGCACAGCUGGUGCCAGUGAAGGGAGCAGCGAUAGCACGGACGGGUAUUCCCGACAGAAGGACCACUCAUCCAGAGAAAAACCGGUCCCUAUUCUGCCUGCCCAGGAUCUGGACCCCAGGGUUCUGUGCAACACUGGUUGGGGGCAAACCCCUGUACGCCAACACACCACCUGGCAUAUGGAUGAUACUAAACGAAAGAAUGAUGUUGGCACUGAAUCAUGGGGCUCUGGCCCAUCCACUUCAAGUGAAGUGCAGGGACCCAUAAACACUAAUACCGGGCCUGCUUCGAGGACUGACAAUGGGAGUAAAAAUGAUGUGCCUGGUUCUCAGGGAGCUUCUGGUUGGGGUGGGAGCAUGGCUGCUACACACAUGCCCAGUUCAGGUUGGGGAGAGCCAACCAACAAUAUUAAACACCCUGUUGGACCUGAUGGAUGGGGAAACCCUCCAUCAGGCGUUCCAACCAACAACAUACCCAAGAAUGGUAAUCAGUCCUGGGGAGAGGAAAAAUCUGCUGGUUGGGAAGCUUCUCAAGGCAAGCCAGCAUCCCAGGGCUGGGGAGACCAACCCAAAUCAUCCCACACCUGGGGCAAUAGUGGUGGAAUCAAUAACACAGGAGACUGGGAGGAACCAGAAGAGACCAAAAAGAGUUCUGCAAACCCUGAUUGGGAAGGAGAAUCUGGAAACUGGAAGGAAAAUAAACAAGACUGGGGAAUGUCUGCUUCAGGACCAGGGAUAUCUGGAGCUGGAGGAAAUGGGGGCUGGGGUGAGUCCGCACCCCAACGUCCUUGUGGUCCCCCCCAAGGUUGGAUGAACAAGCCUCAAGAUGGACCCAGUAGUAAUUGUGGAGGAGGAGCCGUGGGCUCGUGGGGUGGUUCCGGCUCAGUGAAGCAGAGUGGAGGCUCGAGUGGCAGCAAGCAGGAACCCCCAAAUGAGCCCACAGGCUGGGAAGAGCCUUCUCCACCUUCAAUCCGACGUAAAAUGGAGAUAGAUGAUGGGACCUCUGCUUGGGGUGACCCUGGUGCCUACAAUAAGGCCGUUAAUCUGUGGGAUAGAAACAAUUCAGGGAUGUCCCAGGCGAAAAUUACCACUGGGGGCAAUAGCCCUCCAGGUUCCAGCAACAACCACCCCCACACUCACAAUCACCCUUAUCACGGGCUGCCUGCACUUUUACCGAACCAUAGCCAAAACACUCCAAACCCAUGCCCUGCCACUGGGCCUAGGGAUCCUCCAGUGCAACAUCAGUCUGGGCAAUCUCACAUCAGAAGUCCCCUUAUAGCUCAAGGUUGGGGCGAGCUACCCAGCUCCCACACUAAAUCAGAAAGCUCUUGGGGCGACCCUGCACCCUCUCCAGGCAGCAUGGAUAAUGGCACGUCUGCCUGGGGCAAACCGAGCGGGAGCUCUGGAGGCUGGGGAGACGGCAACCCAGACAGCUACAGCAGGAGCAACCAGACAAUGACCACUGCUUCCUGUAAACCCACCUCCAAACCUAUGCAAGAUGGAUGGGGAGGAGGAGGAGGGGGCGGCGGAGGAGGAGGAGGAGGUGGGGAAGAGCUCAGCCUGUCAGGUGGUCAGUGGGACACUGAGGAGGGAGACAUGUGGAACAGCACUGCAUCCCAGGAGAGCAACUCUUCCUGCAACUCCUGGGGCAACACGUCCAAAAAAGUCCAGCAGAAGGUGAAAGUCCCAGGGAAGCAGGAAGAUGUCUGGAUCUUGAAGCAUCUCAUCAAACAGCUGACAGAUAUGGGGUUCCCUAGGGAUCCAGCAGAGGAGGCUCUGAAGAGCAACAACAUGAACUUGGAUCAGGCCAUGAGCACCCUGCUGGAGAAGAAGACGGAGCUGGACAAGCGUGGGAUGGGGCUCGGCGGCCAUGACUACCACAACGGGCUGAUCAACAAGUCCAUGAGCUGCCCUCGGCCUCCGCUUCUUUCCAAAGAUCCUUCAGCAGACCCUCGUCUGCCCUUCAUUGAUAAGAUGCAGAGUGGAAUGUUUGGCGGCGGUGGAGCAGCACAAGCCCGGGCCAUGCAGCAGCCGCAGCCGCCUCCUCAGCCACCAGUGCCGCCUCUCAGCUCCUCUCAGCCUAGUCUACGUGCUCAAGUGCCUCAGUUUCUCUCCCCUCAGGUUCAAGCACAGCUCUUACAGUUCGCAGCAAAAAACAUUGGUCUGAAUCCUGCACUUUUAACCUCACCAAUAAACCCUCAACAUAUGACGCUCCUGAAUCAACUCUACCAGCUGCAGCUGGCGUACCAGCGUUUACAAAUUCAACAGCAGAUGUUGCAGGCACAGCGCAAUGUUUCUGGUCCCAUUCGACAGCAAGAGCAGCAAGUUGCACGUACAAUCAAUAACAUGCAGCAGCAGAUCCAGCAGCACCAACGACAGCUGGCCCAGGCUCUGCUGUUGAAACAGCAGCAACAGCAGCAGCCCCCCUCCCACUCAGGCCUGCAUCCUGGUGGAGCCAAAUCCACCCUGGAUUCAUUUCCAGGUCACCCCCAGACUCCAGGCCUCCCCGACCUGCAGACCAAAGAGCCGCAGUCAUCCCCCAACACCUACAGCCCCUAUGCUCUCUCUGGACUGAAUCCAAACCUGAAUCCAAACUGUAUCGAUGUGGGAAGUCUUCCUCUGAAAGAACCCCCGCAGCCCCAGUCGCGGCUGUCUCAGUGGACACACCCGAACUCCAUCGAAAGUCUGUCUGGACACGCCUCUGCUCUUGAGCCCAAUCUGGGAAAGCACGGUGCCCCCCUGGGGCCUCCUGGGAAGCCCCCCCAGAUGGACGACUCGUACCACCACUACAACCUGAUGUCCAGCUCCGAGUCUCCUACAAGCCCGCUGGUCCCCCCCGAAAGCUGGGGGCAGGGCAAGAACAGCAGCGACAAGAUGGCGAAUGGGACCAACAUCAACUGGCCACCAGAGUUUUGUCCCGGCGUUCCCUGGAAGGGGCUACAGAACAUCGACCCUGAGACUGACCCUAACGUGACCCCAGGCAGCGUCCCCAGUGGACCCACCAUCAACACCAACAUCCAGGAUGUCAACCGCUACCUGCUGCGGGACAGGAGUGGAGGCUCCUCCCCCACUUCAUCUCAGAACGAGGCUCUGCCUCCUUCCGCUGAUUGGCCGGUCAGUGCCUACACUAGCUCGUUCAGUCUCUCGUCCCCGGAGAUGGACGAAGCAGGUAAACUGUCGGAGAUGAAAUCAACCUGGUCCCCAGGCCCCAUCUCUCACAGCCAGCCGUCUCUGUCCCACGAGCUUUGGAAGGUCCCUCAUGGCCCGCGGAGCAGCACCACCGCCCCCUCCCGCCCUCCGCCCGGCCUCACGAACACGAAGCCCUCCUCCACCUGGGGCGGGAACUCUCUGGGUCUGAGCCAAGGCUGGAGCAGCUCCUACACCACAGCUGGCACCACGUGGAGUACGGACAGCUCCAACCGGACCAGCAGCUGGCUGGUUCUGAGGAACCUCACUCCACAGAUCGAUGGUUCGACUCUGCGUACUCUGUGCAUGCAGCACGGCCCGCUCAUCACAUUCCACCUGAACCUGACGCAGGGAAACGCUGUGGUGCGCUACAGCUCCAAGGAUGAAGCUGCUAAGGCUCAGAAGUCCCUGCACAUGUGUGUGCUCGGGAACACCACCAUCCUUGCAGAGUUUGCAGGUGAAGAGGAAGUGAACCGCUUCUUUGCACAGGGCCAGUCGCUCGGUGGAACCACCAGCUGGCAGGCCAGUCCAGGCACCAAUCAGACGAGGAUGGGCGGAGCCGGGUCCGGAGCAACUCACCCCAUCGGCCACUCGCCCCACUGGAACAAAAACAGCGGGGGUGUCGGGAAUAGCGGCGGCGGCGGGCUCGGAGCAGGUGGAGCAAAAACGGGAGGGGAGCUGCUCUGGGGCGGAGUUCAGCAGUAUUCCAGUCUGUGGGGCCCCCCGAGUGGAGAGGAGGGGCGGGUCAUGGGGAGCCCCACACCAAUCAACACGCUGCUGCCUGGUGACCUGCUGAGUGGAGAGUCCAUGUAGGGAAACGCAAACCUUUCAAAUCAACGUGGAGAUAAUCAGAGUAGGAGCGAAGGAGACGAGAGGAAGGCAAGGCCACAUCUUCGCUGCUUCGCUUUGUCGGCCUCCUCAGCUCUUUUUGUGUUUUAUGACCUUUCAGUUGCAGUUUUAUCGGUGUGAAUUUUAAUAAGUGAUUUGUGGCCUCAGUGUUCAGCUUUUGCUCCUGGAGCCACAGGAGGGAGUCCUUCAUCUAUCAAAGACAAACAUCUUACAGAACGAACGUUGGAGAAGUCGCCGUGUAAAACUAACGCGAGUCAAACUGACACAGUGACAAGCUGCCAUCUUUAAACGUACGUAAUCCCUCGCUGCCUUUGCAGGCAAUCAUAAUGCACCUCAGAGAUCCAUACAAAAGGCAUCAUUCCCAAAGUAAAAACGCUUCAAUCAGAGCGGCUGUGGAACUUUCAGCUGGUCCAGACUCAACGUUUGUUUCUCUCAGCACUAAAAUUAGCCUUAAACCAUUUCCUGCCCUGCUAGCCUCACUCUCUCUUGCACACCCUUAUUUCUGAGCCAGUGAAACCUGAGUGGAGAGUACGUGCUGCUGCUGCUGCAGCGUCACAUAAGCAACCAAGCUUAUCUUUGGGUUUUGUUUAGUUGGAGUUCCCCACGCGAUGCUCGAAGGGAAUGAUGCAACUGUUCGCCUUGUUCAAGCCAUUUAUUUUUGUAGUAUUUUUUAAUUGUUUUUCUUCUUGAACCAUUGCAAACAGAGCUUAGAAAUGAUAUUAUUCAAAUGUGUCUGUCAGUCCUAUCCGGUGGAGGGGUGGGGGGUGUUGUGCAUGUACAGUUGAAGAUACGACGAACCACUGCUAUUACAAUGGAACUGUAAACACUUUAUUAACGCACCUCAGCCCGUCUCUGAUCUCCUCGCAGUUUGGUUUCAGCCCCAGACGGCCUCGCUGACCUCAUAUUGCACCCCCCCCCCCACUCCCCCAACAGCACGCCCAGUCCACCUGCAACACCCACCUUCUCAAGUGACGUGCAAUAUGAACCAGACUCUCCCGUCCAAGCACCCUACGACUGACAGCAGACCAUAAGGAACAAGUGAACUGCAAAUACUUUAUCUGCCCUGCAGCCCCACCUUAACAGAAUAAAACUGCCCCCCCAAGAGAAUGUGUGAAUCCUGGGGGGGGGGGGGGGGGGGACAAGCUGAUCUUCAUCCAUUCUGCUUGAGAUGCAAGGACUUUCAUUCAAAGCACUUCUCAGCCGGCCGCCUCCAUGUUUAUACUAAAGACUCAUUUUGAGGAGAGGUUGCAGCUCGUGUGUGUGUGUGUGUGUGUGUGUGUGUGUGUGCGUGCGUGUGAGAGACAAACCAAAAUGAGAGGAGCUUGUUUUAUCCUGAUUACCCAGAAGACUUUGGUUCCUGUUCAGAUCCUCCUUUGCUUCGGCGGACGAGGUGAAGCGAAGGUCUGUGACGAAGCAGUCGAUCAUAGCACUUAGAGCACCACUGCUCCUUAUACCCUCAAUGCCAACAAAUAGAAGAGAUAGAGAAGCAACACUGGCAAAUAAAAAAAAAACUGCAAAAGCAAAGACUCAGAAGCAAUCUGAUCAGUGGCUUCUCUGUAUACUUAUUUUUUAACUUGACAUGGAUGUGUUUUUUUUAUCCUUUUUAACUGACGUCUGGGACCAGAGGAUGUUAAACAUGGUAGCAACGUGAAGGGAAAUACAAAGAAAAACUAACAGAUGAUGGGUGUGACCACACAGUGCUCAUCCUCUCCGUCUCUUAUCAGCAUAAGCAUCACUGUUACAUUUGCAACUCUUCAGCCUUGCUGUUUGGAAAUGGGUCCAGCAGGGAGGACCGCUGUCUUGUCUCGUCCUUUUAGUCGCUGAUGAUCGAGGCCCUGCCACCCUGUGUGAUAGUUUGGCCACUGAGUGCCUGCCUGCUGCAGAGUGCAGUGCUGCAGCAGCCUACAUCCCCGCGGACCCCCCACCCCCUCCACACCUAGAGCAGCUCUGUCAGAACUGGCCCCACCUGUAUUGAAUCAACUACUGUUACGCCAGAGACUGUCCUCUGCAACCACCACGUCCCUUCUCUCUCCUGCAAAGCAUCACUUUAGUCAGAGAUCGUCAUUGAUGUGUGCUUUUUUUUUCUUAUUGCCACAGUGCAUCUUUAUUUAGUUGCAAGUUUGCCGAUGAUGUUGCUGUUUAUGUUCAUGGUGAUGAUGAUGAUUUUAUGGUCUGUAUGCAGUGUUGAGCUUCUCUCCUGCCCCUCCCACUGCCUCAGAACCAGUGUGUAGUUGAGAGAUGCACCUCAGCCUCGCUUCAGUAGGGGAAAACAACUUAUUCCCAGAUGGCGACCCGACUUCUUGGCCGUUUCGUCAUCGAUGGGCUGUGCUCACACUGGUGCUGUACCCUGGGAUCGCUCGGUUAGACUUAGGACCACCUCAACUGACCGCAGCGUUCCAUUUCUAUGCAAAAACAAGGAGGCGUGGGUUUGCAGUCGUGCCCUAACAUCUGCCAAUAUCCACUUUGAUCUCGCAUCCUUUACUACCAGGCAGCUUCUGAAACCUCACGCAGUAAAAUGUAGGGGACACUGAAACCCUUUCUGGUCUCGUUAGGUGGAAACGAGCUUUUAGAUGACACUAAACGACCUGCUGGAGGCACUACUCAUUGGCAAUUGCUUUCUCAGUCUCGUGCCAAUCGAUUUGUUAGAAUCUACUUCCACUUUUCAUGUAGUUAAAUAUCUUAAAUGGAAAAUGUAGAGUUGCUCUUGCUGCUGCUGCUGGGGAAUCUUUAUUUUUUACUGGAGGCUGCGGUGUGGGGACGUGGGGUUUAACUGAGAUCUGUGUAUGUGUCUGUGCACUGUUUAUUGGUCACAUCGGGUACAUCUCUUUUAAAACCAAAAACAUGAUCUUUUUUCUUUAUCAUCAAGGUUUUCACAGAAAAGUUAAAAAAAAAUCAAAUAAAGUUGUUUUUUUUCUGCUGCGCACUCCGAGUGAGAGAUCCCUGCAUCCUGUUUUGCUAAGGAGCCGACACGGGUCGCAGCUCCAGUUUGGUACCAAGUCUUAAAACCUUCGGGGACCUGCUCUCUUCCAGAGUCGCCUUGGACGCUGAUCGUUCAACUAAACAAUCACUUUUUGCCUGUGCUGUUUGCUUGUUUGUUUCCUGACGAAAUCCCGUGUUUUACUCCACACUGGACUUGAUUACUGAGCUGGUGUCGAAGAGGGACAGAACGUGGGGGAGGGGAGCCUCAGAUGUGGAUAUUCUCAGCGCAGCACCAGCACUGAGAGCCUCCUCCCACACGCUUGCACUCAUAUCUACCUGUUUGUGUUGGAAAUCGGACGUUUCCAUGUUCACCACUUCCAUUCGUAAGGUGGACUCCAAGGCAACUGGAGCUUCACCUGUUCUCAAUCAUGGAUCAGAAGAGUCAGGGCAGGGACGCAGAAGAGCUGGAUCAGCAAAAAUGUCUUUAAGAACUGGGUUGAAUAUGCACAUGCUUGCUCACACACACACAUGCACACACACUAUACAGGCUGGAUUUGAUCUGUUUUCCACUUGAGUCCUUCCCUCGCUUCAGCUUCUGUUUGGAGUUUAUUAACCGUCUGUAUCCAACAUAUUUCCCAGAAGACAAGACGAUAAACAUAUCAGAGUAAUACAAAAUAAUGAAAACAAAUACUUGAAUCAAAAGAAGCGCCAAUAAUGUAAUGUGAACACUUUUUGUAGUGUUGUUUUUACUUUUCUUUUUGUCUCAUUCAUACACUUCAGAGAUUUUUGAUAGCAUCUGUUCAGAGUAAAUGAUUUCAAAUGUUGAAAGCAAAGAUCGACUUUAAAAAGGCAAGUGUUGCAUCUGUCGUGUUCGAGUGUUUGCACAAGGCUGCUUGUACUGUAUGAAUGAAUGAAUGUUCGCCGCGUCAGGGUGAAAACACGCGAGAGCUCGUGAUUACGGCGGAAAACGUUUUGCCUCGUGUAUUUUUUUUUUUAUUCAGUAUAAUUUUGUUGUCUUUUUUUUCUCGUGCUCGUCAAAACUAGAUUGGAAAGUUGUAACUAGCCUCUAGUGUUGCACUGAGUGUCGGCCUCACCCCCUCAUCCAGCUACAUGAACAACAUGAUACAAGUACCGAGGGGAGGCGGAGACAGUUCAUGUGUACAUGUUUACUCAAGGACUAAAAUAAGUGUUUUGUUUCAUUUUUUUAAAGUAAUGUAAUGUUUAUCUACCUUAGUGGCUUUUAUUGUGGAAUAAUCCAAGAAAGUAUCGAUCAUAAUUGAGUAUUGCACCAUUUUUCAGACUGUAAACUUUUAAAAAAAGGAAAAAAAAAUCACAUAUAUAUAUAAAAAAUGCAGCAAAAAAAGAAGUAUUUUGCAGACUUGUGGCCAUAGAUGGGGUAGAGAGACUUCGGCUCUCCCAAAUCUGAGCAAACGGGGAGUGAAGGACGAGACAUCAGACCGAGCCCGGGCUUCUAGGGCUCACUUCAGAGGUGCCUAAAGUUUAUUUUGUUGUUUGAUUUUGUUUUCUUGUCACUUAUGUUGGGUUCAUUUAUGUUCUGCAAGGCCACUGACAGUUUACAGUUUUAUUUCAUCUUCUGGAUUUAAAAAAUGGAGGAAAUAAACAC